ACAAUGAGGAGCUUCAUCUUGAUAACAGCUCUGCUCCUCUGCAGCUUCAGCUGGACCUCUGUCUCAGGUUCUGAGUUUCAGACAGUGGAGGUCCACCCCGGUGAAGAAGUCACCCUGCAAUGCUCCAACAUUUCCGCUCAUCCAACACAGACCGACUGGUUCAAAGUGGUCGACCAAUCUAAUCCCAGCUGCGUCUCUGCCAUGUUUGGAUCUGACGGAUCUGCGUCGUUCUGUGACGGAUUUCAAAAUGGAAAAUUUAGGAUGAGUUCCAACAUCACCUCGGUCUUUCUUCAAAUCCAGCAAAUAAAUUUAUCUGACGCAGGGAUUUAUUUCUGUGGAUUUUACAUGAAUAAACACACAGUUAUUUCUAAUGCCGUAGAGUUAAGAAUUCAAGGUAACAGUGAACCCAGGGAUGAAGGGAACCUUAAUAGUCGAGUCGCAGAAACGUGUGAUGUAAAUACAAAACUUGUGACUGUGAUGUUUGCCAGCAUGGGUAUUUUCUUCAUGAUGGGUUCCAUUGGUCUGGCUAUUAAAAUCAGGCAGCUUCAUCCAGCUAUGAAGAAAGAGCGGCACCCUGAAACAAACAAGAAUGUGGACUCUCUGGAGCCGAACUCUGCAGCAUUGAGGCUUAUUGCAGAAAUAAGAAACAGAAUAGAGAGAGAAGUGGACACUCACGUUGUUUAUGAUGUCAUAAGAUAAGAUGGACUCAAUGUGUGCACAAUGGAAAAAAGCAUGUUCUUCAAAAGUCCCUAUAACCACGGGGAGUUGGCAUUUUUUAUGUCUUAAUGUGUCUGUUUUCCUUAAUAGAAUAAAGGCAUACUUGAUGUUUGUCAAACUUUCCCAUAGAAAGACACAAAGGGGUUCUGGGUUCUUUUGUGACCUCCUGGACGAGUCAUCAAUGCACUGUUGGAAUAAAUUUGUCAGGGAACGUAAUUCUCUUUUAGAGCUUUUGUACUCAAGCACUCAAAGUAUUUUAUGCUCAUGCCUCAUUCACCCAGUCAUACGAGCACUUUUUUCUACUCCAAGUGCAUCCAAG